AUGACGUGUGUAGAUGAACACGACGGGGCUAACAUUAAAAUCCACGGACUGUCUCCUGAUACUUACAAGGAAUUGGGGAUUCAAGGUCGUGUCAACAUCACCCCAAGACCUUCCCCAAGACAUUCCCCAAGACCUUCUCCCGGAAUUUCCCCUACAAGUUCCCCAAGACCUUCACCAAAAAGUUCCCCAGGAAUUCUUCCAAAUAGAGCACACGGUGGGAACGUUUGCUCACGAUUCACCGAUGAGAGCAAAAAUACCAUUUCUGAAGUCUUUGGUAUAAGCCUUCUCGGGUUUGAUUCCAGUUUGGUCGUGCUGAGAGCCUCUCUGGGGCUGGCUGCGGUAAGUGUGUCUGUGAUCUCAUAUCAGCAUGUGUACGGUCUGGUCGUGCUGGUGGCUUUUCUGGGACUGGCUGCGGGCGUGGCAUACCCGGGCAUUCACGUGGUCCUGGCGAAGUGGUCCCCGUGUUCUGAGAAGAGCAGGUUGUCGGCCAUUGUAUUUGCCGGAACACAGCUUGGUUCCGUGGUGUCUCAGGCCGUGGCUGGUCUACUCUCAGAUACCCACUUCCUCGGAGGAUGGCCUUCUGUCUUCUACACCAUGGGCGUGUUUGGAUGUGGCUUGGCUGUCAUCUGGAUGCUUGUCAUCAGCGAGUCUCCAGGGGAACAUCCAAACAUUUCCGGUCAGGAGAGAGAAUACAUCGAGAAAACGGCGAAACCCAUCUCGAAGAAACUGAAGACGCCGUGGGGGUCUCUGCUGAGAUCUGUACCCUUCUGGGCUAUCGGUAUCACCCGUCUCUGUAACCUCUGGGGAAUGUUCACACUAUUUUCCUAUCUCCCCAGAUACAUAGAACAGGUGCUACAUUUUGACACCAAAGAGAAUGGCCUCCUCUCCGCCCUGCCGUAUCUUGCCUGCUGGAUGUUUAUUAUGGUAGCAGGGUUCUUGUCUGACUCCCUCAGAAAAAAACACAUGUCGACAAAAAAUGUGAGAAAGUUGAUGACUACUGCAGGUGUUCUUUAUGGCCUAAGCAAUGGAGCUGCCUCUGUUUCUGGAUUCGUUGCGCCUUACCUAGUCGGCUACAUCUUGGAAGAAAAGGUGAAUGUCCUUAAAAUCUCAUUUUGGAAAUUUGUGAAAAUGUUCGUCCCCUGA